AGUUUGGUUCUGAUGACAACGAGCGUGGCUUCCAGAUGUUCGACUCUUCCUCCUUCGGCGGCCACGACCUGCUGUUCCGUGACGACACCCAUCAUCUGGUGGAGGUGGGCAGCAAGGACAGCUGGGAGGAGUGGCUGGGACAGGAGUACCUGCGCUGUCUCCGCAGUCACCAUACUCCCAAGCAAGUCCAGCCCCACAGCACCCUGCGCUGGUGCACCAUCUCCAGCCAGGAGCAGCAGAAGUGCCAGGAGAUGAGCCGUGCCUUCAGCAGGAGACUGAACCACAGGCUGGAGUGUGUGCAGGGCCAGUCUACUGAGGACUGCAUGUACAAGAUUGCUCACCACCAGGCUGAUGUGAUCACUCUGGAUGGAGGAGACGUUCUCACAGCAGGCUCUAAGUACGACCUGGUGCCUGUCAUGGGGGAGGACUAUGGAAACGGUGAUGCCAGCUACUGGGCUGUAGCUGUUGCCCGCAUCAACAACCCAGAAAUCAACAUGAACAACCUGCGUGGCCGUAAGUCCUGCCACACCGGUAUCAGUAAGACCUCCGGCUGGAACGUGCCGGUCGGCUGGCUGAUCCAGAACAACCAGAUGCAGGUGGACAGCAAGAAGUCCAUCCCACAGGCUGUGGGCAAGUUCUUCAGCAAGAGCUGUGUGCCUGGUGCCCAGAGCCCAGAGUACAACCCUGAUAGCACCAACCCUAAGAGCCUCUGUUCCCUGUGUGUUGGGGAGGGAGAAAACCGCUGUGUCCGCAACACCAACGAACCCUACUAUGGAUACUCUGGAGCAUUCAGGUGCCUUGUCGAGGGUGCUGGUGAUGUUGCCUUCGUGAACCAUAAUACCAUCUUUGAGAACACCAACGGCCGCAGUGAGGAGCAAUGGACCAGGAACCUCAAUGAGAACGACUAUGAACUGCUCUGUCCUGAUGGCUCCCGCAAGCAGUGGCACCAGUACAAGGACUGUAACCUUGCCCGUGUCCCGUCCCACGCUGUCAUGACGUCUCCCCGUAGCAGGAGUGAGCUGCAGCAGAUUGUCAACAUCCUGAUGCAGGCACAGGAGCAUUUUGGAAAGCACAGUGAUUUCCAGAUGUUUGACUCCAGCAAGUUCGGAGGUCGUGACCUGAUGUUCCGUGACAACGUGCAGCGCCUGGUCCCGGUGGGCCAGCGGAACACGUGGCAGAAGUGGCUGGGCUCCAGCUAUCUGACAUCCAUUCGUAGCAUGAUCCACCGUAAUGAAGAGAGGACUCAGCAUGUGCUCGAUAACCAGGUGCGCUGGUGCGUGACCUCGGAGGCAGAGAGGGAGAAGUGUGAGCAGCUGAGCAGGACCAUGGAAUCUCAUGAUGUUACUUUCCCCACCAUCAAGUGUGUGCAGGCUGACAACGCUGAACAGUGUAUGCAGAAGAUCCACAUGAACCAGGCUGAUGUGAUCACCCUGGAUGGAGGAGACAUCUACCAGGCUGGAUCUAGGUUUGACAUGAGGCCCAUCAUGGGGGAGGACUAUGGAAAUGGUGAUGCCAGCUACUGGGCUGUUGCUGUGGUCCGUAAGGACAACCAAGAAAUUGACAUGAACAACCUGCGUGGCCGUAAGUCCUGCCACACCGGUAUCGGCAAGACGUCCGGCUGGAUCAUCCCCACCGGCUGGCUGGUAGACCAGGACUUUGUUCACACUGAUGGUCAGACUAGUCUGGUUCAGGCUGUGGGAGACUUCUUCAGCCAGAGCUGUGUGCCUGGAAUCCAGUUCGCGUACACGGAGGCCCCCCGAGACCUUCGCGGCGUGCUACAGGGGUGCUUCUCCCUGACGGUGGGGCUGGGCGGCUACAUGGGCAGCGUGGUGGCCGAGGUCGUCAACUUAGUGACUGACGGUGACAACUGGUUCCCAGAAGAGUUGAAUGACGGCUUCGUGGAGCGAUAUUUCUUCCUUCUGGCGGCCUUGUUGUCGGUUAACCUGGCAGCGUUCAUCUCCGUUGCCCGUGGUUACACGUACGUGGCCACACCCACCAACGGCCAGCUCAUCCGGAAGUUAUACGUCAUCGAGGAGGAAGACGACCUGAUGCUGGUCGCCACUCCUAACGGCUCGACUCGAACGUCACGGAGAAAUUCAAAUUCGUCAGGAUUCUGAAUAUUGGACUUCUUUCUUUCGUGUCAUCACUACACUUUCCUGCUCCAAUACUCCACACACUCCCUUCCUCUGGGGGUCAGAGCAUCUAGAUCUUCUUUGGUGCAUGGAUCGGACAGGAGGGGGCAGACAAUAUUGGACUUCGAAUGUAGUAACAUGCUAUUUGUGUUGGAAUUGUAAUAAUUCUGAAUAUUGAUCGGUUGCCUUGUCGGUGUAAAUGAUUUCAUAAACUAGGCUUCAAAUUUUACGGGUCGACUCGGACUUCACGGAGAAAUUCAAAUUCCUCAGGAUUCUGAAUAUUGGAUUUCUACAGUAGUAACAUGCUAGCUAUUUGUGUUGAAAUUGUAA